CGUCAGAAUGUGCAAACUUCAGCUUCCCCAACUUUUUAGGCAUUGGAAGCUGCCUGAACUCUUCUGGGGAUUUGUGUACGUCUGGCUCGGAAGGUAUCGUCGGUUUCGCAUGUGAACUGAUACAGUGCACUUUUGCCGGGCUCGCGAACCUUGACCUACAAUCGCAGAGGUACUUGACAAUAGAGUUCCUGAAGUUCCUUCUACGUGCGGAAACAGACGACUUUGUUGUGGUAUAUCCUUUCAUCAUCAACGCAUGCAAGAGCAUCAGCUCGGGGCUCGGUCUUCUGACUGGAAAUAUUCUUAAUAUUAAUUGUGGUGAGCUGAACUACGACUUAAUCGCGGUGUGCAGUGAUCCUAUUUUCAUAUCAGCCCAGGCUACCACACCAUUUGCAGAGCUAUUCCUGCUCUGA